UGUCCGAGUCUCUGUUGAUUCAUCAAUAAUUGUUGCUAUGAAUGGGUUACUGAGAGAAGUGCAUAUAGAAUGAAUUUCAAUGACACCAUUUCGUUGGUGUUUGCGGCUUCGUAAGGCUCUGGAGAUUAACUGUGAAUUAUUGAAGGUCAUGUUAUGUCGCUGGGCUGGGCAUGAUGUAAGCUUUAGGGUGAGUCAUCAAUUGGUACCCUUUAGUGUUUUGGAUGUUUUCAUGACGACCGGUUUAGACAUAGGUGGCUUAGAAGUUCCAUUUGAUGAAUGUAUAGUUGGUUUGGUAGGAGAAAUGUUUAAUUCAAAUAGCACAACUUUAUUAGAUUUGGUUGAGAAGUUUAAUGUGAUUGUUUUGGACGACAACAUUGAGGUUGAUGUUGUGUGUAGGNUGUAUAUAUUUGUUUGUUUGGUUGUNUUUUUCUUUCCUAGGAAGUCUAAGGUUAUUGCUAACAUGCCUUCAAAAGUGUUAGACGACAUAGAUAGUUUGUGUUUAUACGAUUGGGCGACCGGUGUUCAUAAACACCUUGUAGAUAACUUGAAUAAAUGUAUGAAAAAGAUAAUGUCAUAUGAAAAAAUGGAAGAAUUGUUUAUGACUGCAGAUGUAAACUUGGAGUGGUAUAUUCGGAUUCGUGAUCGUCAAAUGCCUGAAAUUAUUGCGGCUUUUGAUAUGUUUGAAGGANGAACAGAUUUAGGAACACAACCGAAACGAGCCAGACUUGACGAGUUAGAUGACGAUACCUCGGAUGACGGCANGUUUGAAGCAAAUUUGGAUGAGAGAUUGAAGAAAAAUACUAAAGAAUUGAUAGUGUUGAAUUCAAGGCUUGCUUCUUUGACGAAGGAGUUAUUUGAAAUACGUCAAAGGCAAAAUUUUAAGGAAGAUGUUUGUAAUGAAGAAGUUGUUGGUGGAUGUGAUGAAGAAGCAGUGGGUGGAGUUCCUGAAGAAGUCUUGAAUGAAGAAGUUGUUGGUGGAGGUGAUGAACAACGAAUGGGUGGAGUUGCUGAAGAAGUCUUAAAUGAAGAAGGGGUUGUUGGAGGUAAUGAUGAAGUUGUUGGUGGCGGAUUGCAAGGAGACCUUACAGCUGCCUUCGAUGAAGAAGUUGUACGGGAUGUAGGAGGUGGAAAUCAUGUUCUUGACCUUAUUGAAAUUAAUGAUGAUGGAGAAGCGGAGGCACCAAAAGCAUUGGUUGUCGCCCCUCUACGCAGUAUUGUUGGUGAUCCAAGGUCUACCAUCAAUAUUGACCAACUGUACUUCGCUGUCAGCAUUAGAGAUAGAGCAUAUAGGAUCGUCUGUGAGAUAAUUGGGCAGACACUGAGCACAACAUCUAUUAAUACCUUAGUUGGUUCUAUUUCCAACCACCAUAUUUAUGCACUACGAGAAAAGGAGGAUCGGGAUUGUGAAGAGGAUCCUUUUCAGUUCAUUAUAUGCGGACCUUAUAAUCGGUGA